AUGCCACCCAAGCGCAAGGCACAACAUGUGGACAGCGGAGAUGUUGAGACAAAGAAACUCCGCAACCGGGUAUCUCAACAGGCUUUUCGUCGUCGACAGUCGGAGUAUGUCAAACAGCUUGAGCGCAAGGCCAAGGCCUACAAACCGGACAACGAGCGCAUCAUUGAACUUGAAGAGGAGAAUACUUUGCUUCGUGAAAGCUUGAUACAAUGCCACACAAAAUUGGAGAGCCUGCGCACGACAAUCUGCACGCUCAGUGAUGGCAUUGCUCGGACAUUGGAUGAUCCUGACGAAUCUGCCAAAAAUCCCCCAAAUUACAAUGAGUUAAUUGAAUCGCCAAAGAAGUUACAUCCUCACUCAUACACCACCUCGAAGAAUAAGAUUCGAAAAGCAGAGCGAGAUAUAUCUUUUGAAGGUGACGAGUCAAAUACUUUGGAGACCUCAGUCGAUACAGAUAUCACCCUUGACCCUAAGACCCCUGAUUUCACUUGUUCAGGAUUAAUCCAUGAGCAAGAUCCGAGCAUUGUAGCUCCCCUCUCAGAUAUUUGGACACACGAUUGCCAGAUGGGACCAGCUUCAUAUGUCGAUUGCUUGGCUGCUAACAAUGCAAUCAGCUAA